AUGGGCGCCAGCGAUUCGAAGCUCGUCUUCAAGAAAGGCAUCUUUAGGCUCUCUGAAGAACGACACAUACCCGCGGACGACCCGUACUGGACUUCAUUCUGGGAGCUGCCAGAAACCGCCGAGGAUGUCUUCAGCCUCUUCUCCCCCGCCGACAUUCGACGAACACGAGAUAAUGCUCUGGAGAACCUCGAAACGUUGAUCCUCGUCGCGACAUCUCGACUUUUCAUCCUGCGGCACCAUCCUUCUUUCCCCGAUCCCGAGAUCGCUCCGGAGCGAGACGCCCUCAACUGCAUACGAGUCCUUACGCGCAUCCUGCCCUUCCUCUAUGAAGCCGAAUCCUUGAGUUCGUGGGAGGAAACCUUCUUCUGGGGCGCACGUCGCAAGCGGACGCGCAAGUCAUCUCUUGCCGCCGAGGUAUUGUUCGAUGAGGCGCAGGAGGAUCAACCGUCAAUCAAGAAAGAGCCCGAGGAGGAUUUUGAGGAUGCGAAACCCCUCGCCGAGGAGCUUCUGGAUACCCUGGUCGACCUCCUCUUCUUCUCCGAUCUGACGGUCCCCAGGCAGCCGCAUGGAAAGCCCAAAGUCUCGUAUGCCAUUUGGCAGAGCGGCGUCGGGUGCAACACGGCAGUGCCGACGACAAAGGAGCAUGAGAGCAACCGGUGCGAGAUUCUGCGCCUGAUUCUCACUCUGGCUGGCCAGAGCAUGUACAUGACACCCAGCGCGCUGCCUAAGCACGGCGUGCGGGCAUUGACACAUCUGUGCUCCUGCCCGGACAAGCAGGUCGUCCUGUCGGUGCUGUGUUCGCUUCUCAAUACUACGCUGAAGUGGAACCCAGCCACGUGGAGGGUGCCUUACAAUACGUUGGUGUUCAGGGACGAGAAGUCCAUCCUGGUGACCUAUACACUGCAACUUCUGCUUGUUUUAGUUCUCUACCCGAUUCCAGAAGGGAGUGGCAUCGAGAGCCAGAAAAACUAUUUUCGCCACUUCCUGGGCAGGUUGCAUCGCCCACAAGACUUCCAGUUUAUUGUUGAUGGCAUGACCCGAAUUCUCAACCAGCCUUUGCAGGAGAGAAGCUCUUACAUCCCGUCAACACAGUCGCCCGCCAAAUUUGCGCCUGAGAUGAUGAUGCUGUUUUGGGAAAUCACACAAUGCAACAAGAGGUUCCGUUCCUUCAUCGUCGACACGGAGAGGGCUCAUGACUUUGUCAUCCUGACACUCUUUUAUGCUCUCGAGUACAAGUCUGAUGCUUCGAAGCAAGGUGUCGUGCGCAUGUGCGCCUUUUUGCUUCAGACCAUCAGUGUUGAGAGAAACUUUGGUGUGAACCUGAACAAGGACUUCACCGGACAGGAUAGCCUGCCACCGGCAAUACGGCUCCCUGGGUUCAGGGGCACGUAUGCCGACUUCCUCAUCCAAUCCAUCUAUAACCUCAUCACGACGAGCCAGGGCAAACUAACGGCGAUUUACCCGGCCCUGCUUGCCGUCAUCAACAACAUCGCAGCUCACCUGGAGGGUAUCAGUCACAUCACCGCAUCCAAACUGCUGCAGCUCUUUUCCUCCAUGUCUUCUCCAUCGUUCCUGCUGGCCAAUGACACAAACCAUGCUCUUCUCAGGUCUCUCCUGGAAUCCAUCAACUCUAUCAUUGAGCAUCAGUACAAGAAGAACCCUGAACUUAUCUUCGCGAUUGUUCGUAACAAGAAGAAGAUAGAGGCUUUGCGAAGCUUCACGCUAGAAUCCGGCCAAGAAGAGAUCGAGAGGAGGAAUCGCAGGCGAAAGGAGGCUGCGGCAAGUGGCGAUGGACUAGAGCCGAGCUCAGUCAGGAGCUCGGUAGACAGCAUCCAGAGCCCCACAGCCUCACAAGCGCAGCACCCGUCUCUCAGCAACGUGGCAGAAGAGGACGAUACGUUCGCCAUUGGGGAUGAUGAAGACGAUAGCGACGACGAUCACCAGCCCACGCCAGCCCGAUCAACAACGAGCGAUAGCGUGUCUAUGGCGUCAUCGCAGGCUUCGAAUGUCGAAGACGCCGUGCCGACACAGGUGCGCGGCAUGUCGGAGAAGGCUCGAGGCAAGAUGCCCGCCGGCGUGGGCAACUUUUCGAGACAAAACAGCACAACGAGUCUCGGCGGCUACUCAGCGAGCGGCGGAUCGACAAGCGGGGCCUUUGAGCCGACGCCGCACUGGAUCGAGAGCUGGCUGCCCGAGUUGCCGCUGCACACGAUCCUCACAGUAAUCCAGCAGGUGUCUGCCCUGCUGCCGCGCCAGACGAUCGCCAACGAGUCGGCGUCGACCGAGACGCUGCAGAGGAUCCAGGAGAUCCAGCUCGUGGGCGUCGACCCUGCGCCUGUCCGGGUGCACUCGUUUGAGUGGUCUCAGCUCGCGCUCGGCUGGUACGAGUCGCUUGUGUGGAGUUUUGUCUUCAGCAGCGAGAUUCAAGUGGCUCGAGGAACGGCGGGCGUCUGGAACGGCACAGCCAUCAAGCUCUUCCGAGUACAGGAGACGGCGGCUGAGGGCCCUACGCUGACCUCACCGCGGGGUGCAGUCGACGCCGUGGGGAGCAACAUUGUGUCCCGGAUUGGGGCCAUGAAUAUCCGCGGCGGAGCGGCGGGGGCCGCAGGUGUUGGUACUGGUGGCGGCACUGGUCAGACGAGUGCGUCCCCUCGGAUUCCUUGA